UGUACUAUUUUUUUCCAUCUAGUCUAUUUGUAUUACGGUGUGUGUAUUUUGGCGGCAACAUCAGGGAGUUUCCCGCGAAAAAUAAUUGUGGCUGUCCUUGCCUUGGCCGCUUGGCUUCCAUCUAUCUAUUCCUCCAUUUUCACUGCGUUCGGACCCACAUUCGUUCACUUCCCAAUACUGGAGUGGAUGGUAGAAAGGAGAGAGAGACCACACUAUGUCGAUCGCUUGGCUUCCAUCUACAAAUCCCGCCGCCGGCCCGCUGGCGAUCGCUGAGGCGGUCCCCAUCUCGAUCUCCCUUGUCCAGUUCUUUUCGCCGGAGUGCACUAUGUCGGCACUGCCGCCGGCAGAGGAAUUGGAUGCGUCGCAUCAGAAGAAGCGGCGGAGGAGGAAAAAGCACAGGGAGCAGGUGGAGGCUAUAGCGGCAUCCUCGGAGCCUCCUCCACCUCCGGCAAGCCCGGAGUCCAAGCCCAAGUCAACAAUUCCAGUCGCUCCCGAAACCCUAACCUCAGCGGCGGUGAGGGAGUCUCCCCGACCUCUGGGAAACCCGGAAUCUAAGUCCGAGUCGCCGCUACUAGUCGCUCCCGAAACCCUAGCCUCGGCGGUGAUGGCAGCGGCGGCAGUGAGGCUGGUUAAGGAGCGCGAGAGGAAGAAUCAGGUGGUGCCACCGGCAUCUCCGUUAAUGGAGGAGCCCGUGUGGAAGGAGGAAAAGCAGCGUAAGAAAAGGAAACACGUGGGCGCCGCACUGGUGGUUCCAUCGCCGCCGACUCCUGAUGCGGCCCAAAACUUGCGGAUGGAAGCCAAGAUGAUGGCUGAGGGGGCGACGGUGAGGAAGAAGCAGAGGCGGCUGAAGGCGGGGCAGGAGCAAUCCGGCGAGCCACCAUUUUCAAUUGAUGUCCAUCCACAAGGAGGGGAAGAAGCUACUGAUGAUGGUGGCGUUGGCGUCAUGGUCACUCAGUGUGUCAAGAGGAGCAAAAGCAAGAACUCCCGGGUUUUGAAGACGCAGCAGACACUGCCCCAAGGUUUUUUCCCUCCCAUGGCCAAUCCCAAUUCCAUUGAUCAGGACCCCAAUUAUUCCUCACCUUUUGGUGCAUUCUUUGCCCAAUUCGCCUACAAACCUGCUAAUAUCGCUGAUCGCCCAGCGAGGCUGCCUCCUCGAGGCCACCCAUCAUCUGGGUCUUCUCUACUCACUGGAAAAGAGACCUCCAAGGCUGCCUGGACAGCAACCUCAAACACCAAGCAACCAUGCCCAGCCUCAGAAUCAACCUCAGAUUCACAAGAAGAGGCAAGGAUCGAAGGGAAAGAAAAGCCUGAGAAGAAGAUGACAAGGGAGAUGGCAGUGAGGGAGUCUACCCGACAUUUGGCAAUACUGGAAUCCAUGUCUGCUUCCUCAGUCCCAGUCGCUCCCGAAACCCCAACCUCGGCGGCGAUGACAGCAGCGACAGUGAUGCAGGAUAAGGAGUGCAAGAGGGAGAAUCAGGAGGCACUGCCGGCAGCUCCAUUAAUUGAGGACCCUGUGCCGAAGGUAGAAAAGAGGCACAAGAAAAGAAAAGUGGCACAAAUCACGCAGAUGGAAAACAAGGUGAUGACAGAGGGUGCGACGGUAAGGAAGAAACAUAGGCGGCAGAAGGUGAAGCAGGAGCAAUCUGGCCAAACACCAUUUCUCAAUGAUGUCUAUUCAAAGGCAGGGGAAGAAGCUGCUGCUGGUGGCGUCAUGGGCAGUCAGUGUGUCAAGAGGAUCGACCGCAGCAAGAAUUCCAAGGUUUUGAAGAAGCAGCAGACACUGCCCCAAGGCUUUUUCCCUCCCAUAGCCAAUCCCGAUUUCAUUGAUCAGGACCCCAAUUAUUGUUCUCCUUUUGGUGCAUUUUUUGCCCAAUUCGCCUACAAACCUGAGCGCCGGCAAGAUGGGAAUGGUUCGCCACUUCCUAGUACCACUGGUCGCACAGCGAGGCUGCCUCCUCGAGGCCACCCGUUAUCUGGGUCUUCUCUGCUUACUGCAAAAGAGGUCUCCAAGGCUGCCCGGACAACAACCUUGAACACCAAGCAACCAUGCCCAGCCUCAGAAUCAACCUCAGAUUCACAAGAAGAGGCAAGGAUCGAAGGGAAAGAAAAGCCUGAGAAGAAGAUGACAAGGGAGAUGGCAGCGAGGGAGUCUCCCCGACAUUUGGCAAUACUGGAAUCCAUGUCUGCUUCCUCAGUCCCAGUCGCUCCCGAAACCCUAACCUCGGCGAUGACAGCAGCGACAGUGAUGCAGGAUAAGGAGCGCAAGAGGGAGAAUCAGGAGGCGCUGCCGGCAGCUCCAUUAAUUGAGGACCCUGUGCCGAAGGUAGAAAAGAGGCACAAGAAAAGGAAGGAUAGGGAGGCUGCAAUGAUUAUACCAUCGGUGCCCACUGCUGCUGUGGCACAAAUCACGCAGAUGGAAAAGAAGGUGAUGACAGAGGGUGCGACGGUAAGGAAGAAACAUAGGCGGCGGAAGGUGGAGCAGGAGCAAUCUGGCGAAACACCAUUUCUCAAUGAUGUCUAUUCAAGGGCAGGGGAAGAAGCUGCUGCUGGUGGCGUCAUGGGCAGACAGUGUGUCAAGAGGAUCAACCGCAGCAAGAAUUCCAAGGUUUUGAAGAAGCAGCAGACACUGCCCCAAGGCUUUUUCCCUCCCAUAGCUAAUCCCGAUUUCAUUGAUCAGGACCCCAAUUAUUGUUCACCUUUUGGUGCAUUUUUUGCCCAAUUCGCCUACAAACCUGAGCGCCGGCAAGAUGGGAAUGGUUCGCCACUUCCUAGUACCACUGGUCGCACAGCGAGGCUGCCUCCUCGAGGCCACCCGUCAUCUGGGUCUUCUCUGCUUACUGCAAAAGAGGUCUCCAAGGCUGCCCGGACAACAACCUUGAACACCAAGCAAGCAUGCCCAGCCUCAGCAUCAAUCUCAAGUUCACAAGAAGGUGUAAGGGUCAAGGGAAAGAAAAAACCUGAGGAGAAAACGACAAUGGAGAAAAAGCCGAGGAAACCACCGAUAUUACUUAGUCCUGCCGAGAAGUGGUCAGAUAAAUACCGCCGCCUGCCGCUGGAUCAGCUGGUGCCCCCACCACGCUCCCCCCAUAAGCUAUUGCAGGAGAAGUAUGCUUCUGACCCCUGGAAGGUCAUCGUAAUAUGCAUGCUCCUCAACUUAACACAGGGAAAACAGGUCAGGAAGAAAGUGAAGGGCUUCUUCAAGCGCUAUCCUGAUGCUCAGACUGCAUAUACAGCUGAUCCCGAAAAGAUGGCAGAGUAUCUAGCACCUCUUGGACUGCAGCGUGUGAAAACAAACAGAAUUCAGAAAUUCUCUAAGGCUUACGUUGGAGAAGAAUGGACCUAUAUCACUGAGCUUUGUGGUGUUGGCAAGUAUGCUGCUGAUGCUUACGCAAUCUUCUGUGCUGGAAGGGCAAACGAAGUGGUUCCAAAAGAUCACAAGUUAGUAGAUUACUGGAAUUAUGUCUGUUUUGAGUUACCCUCGAUUCAGAAAUCGCAGGAGGCUGGAGUGACGGAGCUGGGAAACCUUGUCGCUAAGGUGCAGGAAGUUGCUGUCAGCUGUUGACAUGGGAAAACAGUAACGCGGUGGCAAGCGCUUUUGGUGUUUCUGCUUGCAGCUUAAUAAUGUUAUUCGCUCCGUUCUUUUUUUAUCUGUCAUGUUUUAGUUCAAAAAUAUUCGAGGACUGAGGUAGUAUAAUAUAUGGGGUAUUUAUCUAGUUAUUGGGGUAGCCUAUGUUUCAAUGCUGGUUUUGAGACAAAAAUUGAAGGUAACUAGCCAAAAGGAAGAAAGAAAAGUGCUGAUUUUGUGUGCAUCCUGCAUGCCCAAGAAUCCUAUCUUUAAAGUCCUGAAUCUAUGGAAAACUUAAACUCCCAA